AUGGACAGGUUCGCGUGGACUAGCGGAUUGCUGGAGCUGGGGGAGACACUGGUGAUCCAGCAGCGUGGCGUGCGCCUCUACGACGGGGAGGAGAAGGUGAAAUUUGAUAGUGGAGUAUUACUGCUUAGCACACACAGACUAAUCUGGAGGGAUCAGAAGAAUCAUGAGUGCUGUAUUGCUAUACCUCUGUCUCAGGUUGUCUUUAUUGAAGAGCAAGCAGCUGGCAUAGGAAAAAGUGCCAAAAUAGUAGUUCAUCUUCAUCCUGCUUCUUCAAACAAAGAGCCUGGUCCAUUCCAAAGCAGCAAAUAUUCCUACAUCAAACUUUCUUUCAAAGAACAUGGGCAGAUUGAGUUCUAUAGACGAUUAUCAGAAGAAAUGACACAAAGGAGAUGGGAGACCAUGCCUACUGGUCAGACCAUUCAAGUUAACAAGGAUCCACAGGCAGGAAGAAUAAGGGCUGUAGGAAUUGUAGGAAUUGAAAGGAAAUUAGAGGAAAAAAGAAAAGAGACUGACAAAAACAUUUCCGAGGCUUUCGAAGACCUUAGCAAACUGAUGGAGAAGGCUAAGGAAAUGGUGGAAUUAUCCAAGUCAAUCGCUAAUAAGAUUAAAGAAAAACAAGGUGACAUCACUGAAGAUGAGACUAUUAGAUUCAAGUCCUAUCUACUGAGUAUGGGUAUAGCUAAUCCAGUUACAAGGGAAACAUAUGGAUCUGGUACACAGUACCACAUGCAACUGGCAAAGCAACUAGCUGGAAUACUGCAGACACCAUUAGAGGAGCGAGGAGGGAUCAUGUCUCUUACAGAAGUGUACUGCCUGGUAAAUCGUGCACGAGGAUUAGAGUUGUUGUCACCAGAAGAUUUAGUAAAUGCUUGUAAGAUGCUGGAGUCACUGAAAUUACCAUUAAGACUUCGGAUAUUUGACAGUGGUGUGAUGGUGAUUGAACUCCAGUCUCAUAAUGAAGAGGAAAUGGUAGCUUCUGCGUUAGAAACAGUAUCUGAAAAGGGUUCUCUCACAGCUGAUGAGUUUGCCAAGCUUGUGGGGAUGUCUGUUCUCUUAGCUAAAGAAAGGCUGCUUCUUGCUGAAAAAAUGGGCCAUCUUUGCAGAGAUGAUUCAGUGGAGGGCUUGAGAUUCUACCCAAAUUUAUUUCUGACACAAAGCUAAUGUAGUUUGU